CUGGGCCAACUCGUCGGAUCCGUCAUGCUCCUAGUCGCAACCGCGAUCUUUCUCUACUACACUGCUUGGACACUGUUGAUGCCCUUCGUUGACCCUGGCCACCCUCUUCACGACAUCUUCCCGCCCCGUGUCUGGGCUAUCCGCAUCCCCGUUAUCCUCACACUGUUGGGCUCUGCAGUGGUAGGCACCUUCAUUGGAAUUGUUAUGAUCAACAGCAACAAGAAGAAGGCAGCCAAGGCCAAGGCCGCAGCCAAGAAGAAGACCUAA